GUGCCGAGCCGGGGCCGGAGCGGGGCGAGCGGGCCGACUGGCGGGCCGGGCCGGGGGCUCGGGCCGGCGGGAAGAUGGCGAACGUGGGGCUGCAGUUCCAGGCGAGCGCCGGGGACGCGGACCCGCAGAGCCGGCCCCUGCUGCUGCUCGGGCAGCUGCACCACCUGCUCCGCGUGCCCUGGAGUCAUGUCCGCGGGAAGCUGCAGCCCCGGGUCACCGAGGAGCUCUGGCAGGCCGCCCUGAGCACGCUCAACCCCAACCCCACAGACAGCUGUCCCCUCUACCUGAACUACGCCACUGUGGCUGCCCUGCCCUCCAGGGUGAGCCGGCACAACAGCCCCUCGGCCGCCCACUUCAUCACCCGGCUUGUGCGGACUUGCCUGCCCCCCGGAGCCCAUCGGUGCAUUCUGAUGGUCUGUGAGCAGGCCGACGUCUUCGCCUCCGCCUGUGCCCUGGCCCGGGCCUUCCCGCUGUUCACCCACCGCUCAGGUGCCUCACGCCGCACAGAGAAGAAGACCGUCACGGUGGAGUUCUUCCUGGUGGGACAAGACAACGGGCCGGUGGAAGUGUCCACGUUGCAAUGCUUAGCGAAUGCCACAGAAGGUGUGCGGCUGGCGGCCCGCAUCGUGGAUACGCCCUGCAGUGAGAUGAACACAGACACCUUCCUCGAGGAGAUUAACAAAGUUGGAAAAGAGCUGGGGAUUGUUCCGACCAUCAUCCGGGACGAGGAGCUGAAGGCGAGAGGAUUUGGAGGACUCUAUGGAGUUGGCAAAGCUGCCCUCCACCCUCCAGCGCUGGCCGUCCUCAGCCACACCCCAGACGGAGCCACGCAGACCAUCGCCUGGGUGGGCAAAGGCAUUGUCUACGACACUGGGGGCCUCAGCAUCAAAGGGAAGACCACCAUGCCGGGGAUGAAGCGGGACUGCGGGGGCGCCGCGGCCGUCUUGGGGGCCUUCAGAGCUGCCAUCAAGCAGGGUUUCAAAGACAACCUCCAUGCCGUGUUCUGCCUGGCUGAGAACUCAGUGGGACCCAACGCUACGAGGCCCGAUGAUAUCCACCUGCUGUACUCAGGAAAGACGGUGGAAAUUAACAACACGGACGCCGAGGGCAGGCUGGUGCUGGCAGACGGCGUGUCCUACGCCUGCAAGGACCUGGGGGCCGACAUCAUCCUGGACAUGGCCACGCUGACGGGGGCUCAGGGCAUCGCCACAGGGAAGUACCACGCCGCAGUGCUCACCAACAGCGCCGAGUGGGAGGCCGCCUGCGUGAAGGCCGGCAGGAAGUGCGGGGACCUGGUGCACCCGCUGGUCUACUGCCCCGAGCUGCACUUCAGCGAGUUCACCUCGGCGGUGGCUGACAUGAAGAACUCGGUGGCGGACCGAGACAAUAGUCCCAGCUCCUGUGCUGGCCUCUUCAUCGCCUCACACCUUGGCUUCGACUGGCCUGGGGUCUGGGUCCACUUGGACAUCGCUGCCCCAGUGCAUGCCGGCGAGCGAGCCACGGGCUUCGGUGUGGCCCUCCUGCUGGCGCUCUUUGGCCGUGCCUCCGAGGACCCUCUGCUGAACCUGGUGUCCCCGCUGGGCUGUGAGGUGGACGUACAGGAGGGGGACACGGGGAGGGACUCGAAGAGACGCAAGCUCGUGUGACGGCCUGGCCGCCACUCGGCCCCCGUGACACAGGGCUCUUUGACCUCACUUUGCACUGAUUAAUUUUAAGCAAUUGAAGAUUAUCCCUUAAGAUGGGUUUUGGUUUGU